AUGAAGCUCUUGCAGGUUUGCGCGCUCGCUUCGGCAUUGGCGACACUGUCGACGUGUGCGCACGGCUACUCGUUCAAUGACUUCAAGGGAUCGAACAAAGAGCAGGAGAACGAGAAGGAGAGCACUGGCCUGACCGCGGACGAGGAGAGCCGCAUCAUCGGCGGCUUCGACGCCGACAUCGACAACUACCCGUACGUCGCUAGCGUUCGCAUUGAUGGCGUGACGGUCUGCGCCGCUACGUUGAUCGCUCCGCAGUACCUUGUUACGACUGCGCACUGCAUCAAGACGGACGAGGUGGAGAUGACCGCGUCGUUCGACACCGAGUUCAGCUUCGGCACUGAUGGCGAGUUGGUGAAGAUCGUCAAGGGAUUCAAACACCCUCUGUACAACAAGAGGAAGCACCUGCACGACGUGGGCCUGCUGAAGCUGGAGAAGCCAUCCAUGCAGAAGAUUGCGGUUCUGCCUGCUGCGGACGGUUCGAACGAGAAGGUCGGCGCCAUGGCCACCGUUCUUGGUUGGGGUCAGACCAAGGAGAGCUUGAACAGCUUCAAGCUUCAGCAGGCGAAACUUCCAAUCAUCUCGAACGCGGACUGCAGUAAGUUCAGCUCGUACAAGACGGGCCUGACGGAGGGCAUGAUGUGUGCCGGCAACGGCAAAGGCAAGGGUUCGUGCCGCGGUGAUGCGGGUGGCCCCCUUAUUGCCAACGACGCUCUUGUGGGCUUCGUGAGCUGGGGUGGUGACAAGUGCGGCAAGGAGCCGGGUGUCUACACCCGCGUGUCGUCCGUGCUGGACUACAUUAACGAGAUUGUUGCCGGUGGAGAUGGCAAAAAGUUUGGCUCGAAGACUAGCAAGAAUACGGCCACGAAGGGUACGGCAACACCCACCAGCGAUGCAUCGUCGGCAGCGCAGAAGACUCCUUCCACGAAGGGACUGACAUUCUCGUUUGAUGGAUCCUCGGCGGAGCAGAAGUCUCCUGCCACGAAGGCCUCGAAAUUCACCGAGCCGUAUGCUAUUGCAUGA